CAUGUCCCAGCCCAGGGGCAGUGGCCUUUGGAGGGUGCAAGACUGACAGCCGUUCAAAGGCUGAUUGGAGGGACCCGUGUAGGGGCUGGACUUAGGCACAACGUGCCGUCUCGAGUUUCACUUCGGAAGGAAGCAGAACCGCCCCGCCACAGCUGGCGCCGCCCGUAUGAAAUCCCGCACUGCCGUCAAGAGCACAGAGCGCCGGGUACUCGAGGGAAGGAGGCUCUGGACUCGCAACCCCCCCGCCUCGCGUCUGCAGACUUCUCCCCUGGGCAGCAGGCAGCAGGCAGCGUUCGGAGAAGCCUGUGUCUUCCUGGAACUUUCUGGAACACAUUGGACGCCUUCGGGAGGGACGAGGUUUCUUCUAGGUAUGGAUAAACUGGGGCAGAUCACCUCCUUGGGCCAGAUUAUCUACAAACAGUGUAACGAGAUGAAAUACUGCCAGAAACAGUGCCAGCGUCUAGGGCAACGUGUCAAUGGCCUGCUGCAGCCUCUGCAAAUGCUCCAGACCGAAGGAGGGAGGAGCCUGCCUGAUAAGAUAAUCAAUGCCCUGGACCGUUUCCAUGCUGUCCUCCAGGAAGCCCAGGGGCGGAUACAUGAGUUCAGCAAUAAACCCAGUAUCUUGAAGUUUCUAACAGCAGGGCAUGAGAAAAUACUCUUCAGUGAAGUGAAUGAAAGGCUGAGAGAUGUCUGGGAAGAGUUCUCACUGCAACUUCAGGUGGAUCAACGGAUCCUUCUUUCAAGCAUCAGACAAAAAGCGUCCUGGCAACAGGAAGAUCAGCAGGAUGCAGAGGAAGACAGGAAAGUCUUCCAAAAGCUGGAAAGUGGAGAUGAAAUUGUAGAAGCUUCAUUGAGAAAAUUGGAAAUCAGCAUAGAAGAAACCAGGAGAAUCGUGAGGCAAUACUUACAGAAACCCAUGAAGGAGAUCCCACAAGAUCAAAUCAAGGAGAUUAAGAAAGAGGAGCUUUCAGGAUGGGAUGGGAUCCCACUAACGAAAGGUGAAUUCAGCACACUUUAUAAAGGAGAAUACCACAAAUCUCCAGUGGCCAUAAAAGUAUUCAGCAAAUCACAGGCCAGAAGCAUUGGAAUAGUGAGGCAUACUUUCAAUAAUGAGAUCAGAACCAUGAAGAAAUUUGAUUCUCCCAACAUCCUGCGUAUAUUUGGGAUUUGCAUUGAUGAAACAGUGACCCCACCUCAAUUCUCCAUCGUCAUGGAGUACUGUGAGCUCGGGACCCUGCGAGAACUGCUGGACAAGGACAAGGACAUCAUAUUUGCUCUGCGCAUCGUCCUGGUCCUGCAGGCAGCCAAAGGCUUGUACAGGUUGCACCAUUCGGAAGCAUCUCCAGAACUCCACAGAAACAUCAGCAGCACAAGCUUCCUGGUAACUGAUGGCUACAAAGUGAAGCUUGCAGGAUUUGAGUUGAGCAAAACACAGACUUCCAUCAGUCGAGGAACUAAGGGAAAAGAAGCAGAGAGAGUCAUUUCUGCAGCAUACAUCUCACCUGAGAGACUGGAAAAUGUGUAUCGUAAAUAUGACAUAAAAGCUGAAAUAUACAGCUUUGGAAUCGUCCUCUGGGAAAUUGCCACUGGGAAGGUCCCUUUUGAAGGCUUUGAUUCCAAGCAGAUCUACCAGCGGGUGGUUAUGGACCGGUACCAGGAGCCUCUGGGUGAAGACUGCCCUUCACAGUUGCAGGAGAUUAUUGAUGACUGCCGGUCAUAUGAGCCCUCCAGGCGACCCUCUGUUAAAGAAAUCUUGGAGAAACUGUCUGACUUUCACCAAGCUGUGUAUUCAAACUGAAACUCAGGAGUCCCUGGACAAGAAGCUGGAAGAGGCACAAGCUGGGCAUCUGUCUCUCUCAAAUCCUUUCAUGAAGUUAUUUAUUGGUACAGAUUGGCAGCACUUUUCUGUUACAAAUAGAACACAAUUCCAGUCAUACUGAGCAUAUCCCACUCCAAAUGAUAUUGUCAAAAAUACCCCUCCAGUGGUAACUAUGACAGACUCUUUGCAAAAAUGUCCUCUCUCUCUGUAUUCACAUCUCUUGGCAAUGUGACUUUGUAGCUCCUCCUGUCAAGAAGUGGAGUCUUCCUCCCCACCAUUUGAAUCUGGGCUAGCAUCGUGACUUGCUUUGGCCAAUAGAAUGUAGAAGAAGUGAUGGUGUGCCAGUUCUAAGCCUGGGUUUCAAGAGGCCUUACAAACUCCCACUCCCUCUCUGGGAACCUUACCCAGCCAUGAACAAGCUGGGCUAGUGUGCUGGAGGAUGAGAGACCUCAUGGAGCAACCUGCCCCAGCUGAGGUCAUACUAGCCCUGGUAUCCCAACAGGUGACCCAGCCACAUGUGUGAGCCCAGUCAAGGCCAGAAGAACCAUACAGCUGAGCCAACCAAAACUGCCCGUUCACAAAAUCAUGAACCAAAGAAAUUAUUGUUGUCUUAAGCCACUAAAUUUUGGGGUGGUUUGUUACACAAUAAUAGUAACUGAGAGAAUGCUGUCCAAUCCUUCCUCUUGCCCACUGAACUAAGUACAAACUGCCCAUUUGGAUAGCCAUGGCCUUGUAUCUCUGACCCCAACCUGACUUCCAAUAUCAAGUCCCAGAGUUCUCCUACCAGAGAUUGAAAACUCUACUGCCUUUAGGGUCUAGGAGGGAAUCUAAAUGAGUGAGUUGAGCUUGGAGGUGACUUCAGGGAACACAUGAGCUUUGUUAAGGACAGCCUCCACUCAGCUCCAGCCUAUUUUUAUCAUGUAGGAAUGGGAUCCCAAUGUUUCCAGAGCUUUCCGUUUUGUCAAAAGAAGCUGGAAAUUCAGAUUUUUUAAAGGUUGGGAUCUCAUCAAAAAUUCUUUUAAUGCCAUAUAGGAAAAACAAAAUAUAUUAAUCUAGGAACUCCCAGAUUUUAAUCUCUGCCAGACUCAAAUCCCUCGUCUCCUGCAUGUGGCCCAUGUGUUCCAAAUUUUUACACCUUUGCUUGGCGUGUAUGCUUUACUAGGAUACACUUACACUUAUCUCUACAUGUUGCUUUUUUUUCUUCUUUCUGCAACUCAUCCCAAAUCAUUCAACAGCAAAUGUGCUGGGCGUUGUUCUAAUCACAGAGGAGACAACAAUAAAUAAAACACAUUUGGGGUUUAUUUUCUAGUAUUCAUCUCUGAGGAAUAAAAUUAUGACUGAUUUCUA